AGGUAAUUCAUCAUGUGGGCAUACAUCCACUUUUUUUUAUUUUCCAAACAGUAACACUACAUCUAUUAAGCAAGUCAUGACAUCUUUGUAACCGAUCUUAACCCUAGCGAAGAAUACAAAACCGUUUGUAGCCAUUUACUUUUUUUUCCGAGCUAUGUGAUUUGGGGGACAGUAAACGGAAUUUCGCUUAUUUUGUGGUCAUGCUGUAUUGUUUCACCUAGGCUGUCUUGGCUGGCAUGUCUCCUGAUCUGAUCAUGGAUAUUUGCAGCCGAGGUUUGUUGUUCUACGUCCAUCAAUUAUCACAAGAUGUAUCCGUUAGCUCUGUCAUGAUAAAGAGCGCAAAUGAUCGUUGUAAAGAAGCUGAACGUCGUACCGGGGUGUUGGAACAAGAAGUAUCUGCGAACUUUGCUGGGUUACAGGAUAAGAAUCGUGCGUUACAACAAGAACAGAACAUGGCUAGAACGAAGGUCCACGAGCUCUCUCGUUUGUUGCAAGAAAAAAACCGCCAAUUUCAAAAACUUCAGUCAAUGUACGAGAUGCAAAAACGCAAAAAUCUCGAUUCUAUUGUGCAAAAGAAUUACCUGAUAGGCGCAUCUAAACCACAAUCAGCAUCAUCAGUGGCUGCAAUAUGUCAUCCGACAUUUGCAGAGUUCGGUUCCAUUCCUUUCGCCACAUUUCAUAGUGAGCGCAUACCUCAGCAGUUUCCAAACUUGCCAUAUCCAGCUCCCGUGGCUGUCAAUACUCAUACUCGUCAUGACACUCGACCCAUUGACCAAUUCAAUUCCAUAGGUGCAACGGAAAUGCAGCAGAACCGAGUAUUUGUUCCACACACAGGCCGACCAGCCGACAUUUUCCGUCAUGCUAAACAUGCCAAUCGAGAGUGGGGCUGAAGUUCAAGCUGCAAUUCCGUUGGUCUACUGCCAUAUCGUAUGUACUGUGAUGACAUAUGGAUAGAUCAUACAAGAUGAGAUUCGCUGCUUUCACAUGGUACUUGCGUUAAAGAUGCUUUCAAUGUACAUCAAGCCCGUCAUAUGCAAUACAGGGAUUUACCGCCGUUAAAGCGUUUAGAUAAAUAACAAAUGCUUUCUUUAUUGGAAUGAGACUCUCUUUAAGCAAAGUCUUCUUCAGGUGGAAUGGUCUCUUUGGGAUGCUUAGCCUGAAAAUGAGGGAUAUGUAGAUUAAUGCCUUGAGCUAGGUUGGGAAGCUCAGUGAAUAUUAAAGGUAGGAAUAUAGUUAGCGUACCUCCAUAUGCUGUUGAAUUAGUUUAUAGUUUGCCACUGGAGUAAGGCACUUGGGGCACUUCAU